AGAAGCGCCUGACUGCGGAGGUUAACACGUUCGGUUGCCGUUUGUUUAUAUUUUUCUGAAAAAAAAAACUAAAACAGAAAUAAAAUAUGCUUUAUUUGGGGUUUAUGUAAUAUUUAUCAUUAACGUCAAGAGUGUAGUGUAGAGUUCGGGGCUCAUGUAAGUCAGAAAGGAGAGAAAUAUUGCGGAAUUUGAGGCGAAUUGACAGAGGACAACAACAGUCAGCUGAGAAUUAAUCAGAGUCAGAUUAAUCAGAAACAUCAUCAGCGCUCAGUUUAUGCUGAGUAGUUUAUUGUGGUGUAGAUAAAGCUGUGAGUGGAUUAUGGAGUCCAGCUCUGGAGCUGUGGUGAGUUUCUCUGAGAAACCUGCAGAGAAGAAUGAGAAACAGCGCAAAAUACUACAGGAGGAGCAAUAUAUACAGAAUCUGGAGAAAAUCAUUCAAAGGGAUUUCUUCCCAGAUGUGUCCAAGCUGCAGGCACAGAAGGAUUAUCUGGAGGCAGAGGAGAGCGGAGAUCUGGAGAGAAUGCGCGAGAUCGCCAUCAAAUACGGCUCCGCUAUGGCCAAAUAUACACCACGCACAUACGUGCCCUAUGUGACUCCAUCUACGUUUGAGACGCCUGACGGCCGUGCAGUUUCUCCAUCUGCUUCACACAGCAAACCCAGAACCACAGAGGACGGAAGUAAAGACGGCGCAAAAGAAGAAGAGAAGGAGCUUCCUUCUUUGGAUCGUUUUCUAGCUAAAAACACAAGUGAAGAUAACGCAUCCUUUGAGCAGAUAAUGGCUCUGGCGAAAGACAAAGAGAAGCUGAAGCACGCCUGGCUGUACGAGGCAGAGGAUGAGUUCAGACAGCGUCGCGAGGAGAACCUGGCUCUACCGUCGUCGGAGAAGCAGGCGCUGGAGUGUUCAAAGGCUGGAGUGGAGACGUGGGAGUACAAGGCAAAAAACGCUCUGAUGUACUAUCCUGAAGGUGUGAAGGACGACACGGUGUUUAAGAAGCCACGCGAGGUCGCCUAUAAGAACACGCGGUUCGAUGUGGACCCAUUCUCUAAAGCUCUAAAUAAAUCCCAGAUCCAGCAGGCUGCCGCUCUGAACGCACAGUUCAAAUUGGGGAAAGUUGGUCCGGAUGGUAAAGAGCUCCUCCCUCACGAGUCUCCCAAAGUGAACGGUUACGGGUUUGUGGGGGCGCCCUCACCUGCGCCGGGAGUGUCCGAGUCUCCGUUGAUGACAUGGGGUGAGAUCGAGUCCACUCCAUUCCGGCUGGACGGGUCAGAAACGCCGAUCAUAGAGAGGAGCCACGGCCCGUCAUUCAAGAUUCCAGAGCCCGGCAGGAGAGAGCGUCUGGGGCUGAAAAUGGCCAAUGAAGUCGCAGCCAAAAACAGAGCGAAAAAGCAGGAAGCUCUGCGCAAAGUGACAGAGAACCUGGCCAGUCUGACCCCUAAAGGUCUGAGUCCGGCUGCGUUGUCGCCUGCGCUCCAGAGGCUGGUAAACAGGUCAUCCAGUAAAUACACGGAUAAGGCGCUGCGGGCGAGCUACACUCCCUCGCCCUCUCACCGCAGCCUCAGCUCUAAAACUCCACACGGUGGUGCUCUGACGCCCUCGGGAACGCCCACGCCCAGCAAAACCAAAACGCCCGCCGCGCACGAUCCCACGUCCAUCACCGACGACCUGCUGCAGCUGCCCAAGAGGAGGAAAGCGUCCGAUUACUUCUGAUCAUGCUGAACAGUGAACUGGACUAAACGCCCCCUGCUGGUGAAGAAGGGCAGAGACUUAAAACUCAAACGAAAAGCACACACGUCUUAAACACUGCAAAUCCAGUCAAUAUAACUGUUAUUUCCCAAUAUUCUACCUGUUUAUAGACAUUAUUACCUGUUUUAUGUCAUUGUAGCCAGUAAAACUGUCUUAUUUAGUAGGUAGUUUUACACUUAAUGAUUUAAUUUCUUCAGGAAAGUUAUUCCCCAGUGCAGUUAGAACUUGACUUAAGAUGACACAACAAGUAAAAAUGUCUCAGAGUAGGUUAAUUUUAUAUUAUUCUCUCAUUAUGAGAAAAUUUAGAUAUAUUGACUUGAUCAACAAUAUUUAGUUAUUUUUCACAGUCCUGUGGCUCCAGUAUGAGUCUGGUUCAAUUUUCACUGCAUAGAGAAUUAAUCAUUUUGAUAUUGGAGCAGCAGUGUGGUGACUUUUAUUUGGUUAAAAGUAAAAUCGUUUGGAAAGCCUGGACUGUGACUUUAAAUCUCCAAAAGGGUGAAAGCUAAAGGCUGUAAAACCCUCUGAAUGUUCAUUAUGUUUGAGUUUGUAUAAUUUUGUACAGUGUAUAAAUGCGCAGACGUUUUGGUUCAAAAUAAGAGCGAUUUUUCAAAAC